AUGCAAUUCACCCUCGGCAGUAUUCUACUGCUGGCCACCACAGCCCUGGGCCAAACCGUCUGUCCAAACUCUGCAAUCUUCAGAGUCCACUCGGUCCUCAAGAAUAGCACCGAUGCCGUCAACUCCACUAAUGCCAUCAACACCACCAGCUCUUUCGGCUACGUAAAGUCCUCGCACAUGUACUCUGCUCGCUACCACGCCACCCUCGUCCCCGUGGAUCCCAGUGAAAGCGACAACGAAGCCUGGACACUAGCCAGAGCAUACACGACCGACAUUUACAACAACACUGAUUCCUACCUCCGCUUCCCUGAUGCUGAUUACGUGCUCUCACACUCUCUGGGAUUCACGUUGGGUGCUCUGAGCAAGGAGACUCCUGCGGCUUUUGCUGAGAUCAACGGCGCCGAUGGACCCAACGAAGAGGUUGGCACUGUGGGUGUGUACUAUGAUGAAUGCGGGAAGAUUCAGUACGAGGCUCCUGGUGGCAAGAAGGUGCAUUGGCAUGCUUGUCCUAACCGCGAUGUGGAGUAUGAGAGUAAUGUGACUCUGUUGGGAUACAGACUUCACAAUGCGACUGUACCGAGAGGAUGCUAUGAUAUUGAUCUUGUCAUCGAGUAUAUGGAUGGAUGGAACACGCCCACGGGCUUGCCUCCCAAGUGCUGGGAUCACUAUUGA